AUGAAGUACAGAGUAUUAGUGUCAUUCAAGGAUGUGACUGUGGGCUUUAACCAGGAGGAGUGGCAGCACCUAGACCCUGAUCAGAAGGCCCUGUAUAGGGAUGUGAUGCUGGAGAACUACAGCCACCUCGUCUCAUUGGGGUGUUGCUUUACCAAACCAGAAGUGGUUUUCAAGUUGGAGCAAGGACAAGAGCCGUGGAUAGUAGAGGAAGAGUCCCCAUACCAGAGCCACCCAGAAUUCUGGAAUGCUGAUGACCUGUUGGAGAAGAGCCGGGAAAAUCAAGACCAGCAUUUGUGGAAAGUUGAUGUUGUCAGUAAUAAGAAACAGACUAAGGAGAGAAAUAGUGUAUUAGGAGAAACAUUUAACGUGGACACAAACCUUGUUCCGGUGAGAAAAAUAUGUGAUAAAAAUGACUCACAUAUAAUGAAUGUGAAUAUUUCAGAUUUAAUCAGUAAUAGAAACUCCUAUUUAGGGAAGUUUGAUGAGUUCAUUGCACACAAGAAAUUGCUCCCCUGUGCAAAGCAUGAGAAUCCUUAUGCCAGAGAGAAACAUUUUGAACAUGAUGGAAAUGCAAAAGCCAUUAGUCAGAAUGAAGACCUAUUUCAGCAUCAAGACAUUCAAACUCUGAAGCAGUUUUUUAAAUAUAAUGAAUGUGGGAAAGCCUUUCACAAGGAGGCAGAAUUCUUUACCCAUAAGAGAGCGUGCUCAUGGAAGAAGCCCUGUGAUUAUAGUGAACACGAAAAAAUCCUUCCUGAUGAUUCAAACCAUCUCGUCCAUGAGAAAACUCACAGAAAGGAGAAUAACUAUGAAUUUAAUGACUAUGGGCAGAAGUAUGUCGGUGAGAAACCAACUCUAAAUAAACAUAGAGUUAUCAUUAGGAAGAAAUACUAUGAAUGUGGGAAUAAUUUUGACAAUAAGUCAUUCCUCACUCAAACUGAAAGAACUCAAAAAGGAGAAACAAGCUUUGAAUGUAGUGAGGGUGGGGAAAUCUUUGAGAAACCAAAUCUCUCUCCCCAGCAGACACAUACAGAAAAGAAAACCUUUAAAGAUACUCCAGUGCUUUCUAAACAUCAGCAAACCCAUAUAGGAGAAAAACUUUAUGAAUGUAAUGAGUGUGGGAAAACCCUCAGCCACAGGUCAUCUCUUAUGGUACACAAUAGGAUACACAGCGGGGAGAAACUUUAUGAAUGUAAUGAGUGUGGGAAAGCCCUCAGCCACAGGUCAUCUCUUAUAGUACAUAAUAGGAUACACAGUGGGGAGAAACCUUAUGAAUGUACUGAAUGUGGGAAAACUUUCACAAAUAGGUCAGGACUUAGAGUUCAUCGGAGGAUACACACAGGACAGAAACCGUAUGAAUGCAUUGAAUGUAAGAAAGCCUUCAGAUAUAAGUCUGGUCUCAUAGUACAUCAGAGAACACACACAGGUGAGAAACCCUACCAGUGUAAUGAAUGUGGAAAAAAAUUCUGUGAGAAGUCAAACCUCCGUGUACAUCAGAGAACUCACACUGGGGAGAAACCCUUUGAAUGUAAUGAAUGUGAGAAAAGCUUUUUCCAGAAGUCAUCUCUCAUAUUACAUCAGAGAACACACACAAGGGAGAAACCAUAUGAAUGUAAUGAAUGUAGGAAAACUUUCUCCCAGAAGUCAUCCCUUAUCAUACAUCAGAAAAGACACAAAAGAGGGAAACCAUAUAAAUGCAUUCAAUGCAGCAAAACAUUUAAUCAGACAUCAGCUCUUAUUAAACAUCAAAGAACACAUGCAGGAGAGAAGCUAUAUGAAUGUAAUGAAUGUGGUAAAGCUUUCUUCUAUAAAUCAUCUGUCAGAAUACAUCAGAGGACUCACACAGGGGAGAAACCUUACAGGUGUAAUGAAUGUGGGAAAACCUUUCACCAGAAGCCAUCUCUGACAGCACAUCAGAAAGCACACAGAAGGCAGAAAUCCUGUGAAUCUACAAAAGUGGAAAAGCCUCUUAUCAGAAUUCACUGAUCUGAGAAAGUACAGUGGGAAGAAAUGUCUGUCAACAUCAUGAAAGUCCAGGAACCUUUUUGUACUUAACUCAGUUUAUGUUAGAAGUAGUGAAGGGAAGAAACUUAACAAAUAUGAAGACUAUUUUGC